AUGGACGAGUCUUCGAAUACAGCAGGCCCAUUGGGGCCCCUACGUCGGGCCUCGACGACCCUAUUCAACGCGAACCCGCAGCUGGGUAUGUGGCAGGCGACGGGUACGGCACUCGCGCAGGCUCCCAACUAUUCAGAGCUGCGCGUCGCUCAAGCUGGGGAAGCCAUUGAGUUCAACGCACAAGGCCACUCUGCGCGUACGGCACUGCUUCAGAGCGAUGGAGAACUUGGCCCGGUCCUCAGCAAAACUACGUCAAGAUACGAGCCAUCGAGGAUCCCGGGAAGCCUCUCGGAUGACGAUGAGCAUCAUGCACGGCCACCGAGGCGCCGCCAGACAUUGCUGGAGAUGCAGAAUGACGAGCCGACUGUGGGUUUCGGUCCUACAAUCGCCAACGGUCUCAAGGCGUAUUGGAAAUUCCUCCGGACGCCAGCCGGGAUUCUGAUCACAAUAUACUUCCUAAAUAUAGUUGCUUGGGGUGCAAUGCUGUUCUUCCUUCUAUUGGGCGUGGCGCCCGCAAUGAACUAUCCGACUGCCGAUGACGAUAACUCGCCCCGCAAGAAGUGGCUCGAGAUCGAUAGCCAGAUUUUGAACGCGUUAUUCUGCGUCACAGGGUUCGGUCUCGCGCCUUGGCGGUUCCGCGACUUCUAUUACUUGGUCCGUGUGUUAGCCACGCACGACAGGCACGCCAUGCAGAGACUGGCAAAGCAGAACAAGGGCUGGUUCAGACCACCAGCGUGGUAUCGCGAGCAUGGAGACGUGGAACAAGCUGCUGCUACACCAUUGAAGUCGAACGAUGAUAUCCCUCAACCAAGCUUGACGCGAAUGCCGACAUUCACAGGCAGAAUGGCACCACCCACUGCGUUAUGGAAGCUGGCGCUAACCAUCUCGAUGAUGGUUAUGAACACUCUUUUCCAAGUUGUAUUGUCAUAUUACAUGUGGGCAUACAAUCGAUUUGACCGCCCCACGUGGGCAACUGGCACCUUUAUUGCAUUGGGCUGUGGAGUCUCGGCCGUUGCAGGGUUUGUGUCCUGGUGGGAAGGUAGGAAAGUGAAGAAGAUUGAAGGACCGGAAGUAAAUGUUGUUGAAGUAGGUCCCAAUAUGCAAGAUGCAAACAGUGCCACAAGUAGGGCAUGA